AAUUUUGUUCACAUCUUAACACCUGCUUUACUAAACAUGUUUAUCAAUAAAAAAUUCAGGAAAACCAGGUGGUGGUGGUGGUACCAGGGUGAAUGUUGGCGGCAAAGGUAGGUAAAGAAAUACCUUUUUCAUCUGAAAAAUUCACAGAAGUCUUGAAGCAGUUUUCAGUAAAAUCUGGAUCAGUGCAAGCCGAGAUCAUGAAGAAGACAAUUGAGGAGUGUGAACAACCUGUGAUUCAAGGUGAGGAAAGACAUUGUGCAACCUCACUGGAGUCAAUGAUUGACUUUAGCACCUCCAAGCUUGGGGAAAAUGUCAAUGCAAUCUCUACAGAAGUGGAAAAUCAAACACAGAAGCAGGAGUACACAAUUGAAGCUGGAGCAAAGAAGAUGGCAGGUGAAAAGUCAGUAGUUUGCCACAAGCAGAAUUAUGCACAUGCUGUCUUCUACUGUCAUGAAACAAAAACAAGAGCUUACAUGGUUCCUCUAGAGGGAGCUCAUGGGACGAAAGCAAAAGCAGCAGCAGUCUGCCAUACAGAUACAUCAGCAUGGAACCCAAAACAUGCACAGUGGCGGGGGAGGGGGGUGCAAGGGGGGGCGCUAGUCCCUCCUAAAAUUUGAAAAUCUUUGUAAAUUAAUAUAUGAAAAUUUAUUUC